GGAGCGUGCACGAUACCCUAGCGUGGUGUUUGUGAAGUGUGUCUGUUCGUUUGCGUAACAAUGAUCCACUCUUGCCGGGCAAAUCGAUGGCCUUCUAUCGACCGAAAUACGCAGAUUUAGCAAGUGAAAGUAUGAUGUGCUCUGUGCAAUAUGUGAAAUUAUUAACCACAAUGUGUAUAUGUUGUCAGUCGUUCUACUAAAGAGGCAAAGAAAUAAUGUGUUCAAUUAGGUUGGUUCGCGUAAUCUGUAUUGCAAAUGGAACAUGUGCUUCGUGAAAGAAAGCUAAGUGUAUGCGUGCUACUGGUGUAAAUCCUUCGUUAUCCCCCCAAGUCCCUUAUUUGCAAGCGUGUGUUGCGGUAAAACAAAAGCUGUAGAGCCAUCCAGUACUCGGCCCGCGUGAUUGUGUGAAUAAGGUUAAGAAAGCAAAGCUCCUGUGCACCGUUGUAUCAUUCGCUAGCAAAAUGGAGCAUCAGCACAAGAUAAAGCAUCACAGAACAUGGCUCAUGACAUUGCUCGUCCUUGCGCUGGUGGUGGUAAAUGUGACCGGCGCCGGUACCGACAAGCUGGAAAAGUAUGCAAUGCAAGAAGCGAUGGCCAAAGAACAUGUGCUGAAAAACAACAUGAUCCCGGAACAGGAAUCGGCCGUAACGCUGGUGGAUAGUAAGAAUUUGACAGGUUCGUGGACGGCAAAGGCGAAACCGACGGUAUCCCACGCUACCAGAGCGCCUAUCAACAAUGGGAACAACGUGCCGCGUGCGGGGAAAAUGACCACCGGAUUCCCGAACGAAUUUAAUAUGACUCUUCAGUGUGCUGAACGGCAAUUCCAGUGCGGUAACGGACAGUGCAUCCAUAACAGUUUCGUGUGCGAUGGAGAAGACGACUGCAAUGAUUACAGUGAUGAGGAUGUACUCGUAUGCAAAGUAACAGAGAGCGUUUGUCCCGGUGACAAAUUCCGCUGCAAGAAUGGUAGGUGUAUCCUGAAGCGCUGGCAGUGCGAUGGUGAACGUGACUGUGCCGACGGUUCGGACGAAGAUCCCGACAAAUGCCAGAGCAAAGUGUGCUCAUCAGAGGAAUUCACAUGUCGCAGCGGAACCGGAAACUGCAUCCCGCUGGGUUGGAUGUGCGACCAGAACCGUGACUGUGCCGACGGGUCCGAUGAGAUGUCCUGCAAUGAAACAUGUCGCUCGGACGAGUUCACCUGCGCGAAUGGACGCUGCAUACAGAAGCGUUGGGUAUGCGACCACGAUGACGACUGUGGUGAUAAAUCGGACGAAAAAAACUGUCAGCCCACCACGUGCGAUCCGCUGAAACAGUUUUCCUGUGCGGAAAACUACUGCAUCACCAGCAAAUGGCGCUGUGACGGGGAACCCGACUGUCCGGACGGUUCCGACGAAAGGGGAUGCGCCAAUCCACCGCCGGCCGUCAUCUCUACCUGCCUACCGCUGGAGUAUCAAUGCAAUGAUCGCAUCACCUGCAUCCACCGGAGCUGGAUCUGCGACGGCGAGAAGGAUUGUCCGAGGGGCGAUGAUGAAAUGCCACCGAUAUGUCAGAAUGUAACCUGCCGCUCGGACCAAUUCCAGUGCAAAAAGGAUAAAACGUGCAUCAAUGGGCAUUUCUACUGCAACGGCAAGAACGAUUGUUCCGACGGUAGUGACGAGCAGAACUGUGGCACCAACAGUCGCAGUGAGAAAUGCAACCCGAAGACAGAGUUUGAUUGUGGUGGUGGAAUGUGUAUACCGUUGUCGAAGGUUUGCGACCAGAAACCCGAUUGUCCCGAGUUCCAGGACGAGCCCGCUGACAGGUGUGGUAAGAACGAGUGUCUACAAGGCAACGGUGGCUGCUCGCAGCUGUGUGUGGAUACUCCUGCUGGAUUUUACUGCGAUUGUAAACCGGGCUUCAAAUUGGCCGACAAUCGCACGUGUGUCGACAUCGACGAAUGUGAGGAGCCGGGAUCAUGUUCGCAGAACUGCAUCAACGAGAUUGGUACGUUCAAGUGCGAGUGUAUGGACAAUUAUCUGCGGGAUCCACGCGAUCAUACGCGGUGCAAAGCAAUGGAAGGGCAUGCCUCGCUGCUGUUUGCACGACGACACGACAUCCGAAAGAUCUCGCUCGAUCAUCGCGAGAUGACGUCGAUUGUGAAUGACACCAAAUCGGCAACCGCGCUCGAUUAUGUGUUUCGUACCGGUAUGAUCUACUGGAGCGAUGUUUCGGAGAAGCGAAUUUACAAGGCCCCAAUUGACGAAGGCUCAGACAAGACGGUCGUGGUGAAGGACCCGCUGGUUACAUCGGAUGGUUUGGCCGUGGAUUGGAUCUACAAUCAUAUCUACUAUACGGACAUAAAAAAAUCUACCAUUGGGUUGACCAACUUUGAUGGCAAUAUGGGCAAGAUUUUGGUGCAGGACGAUUUGGAAAUUCCACGUGCAAUCGCGCUGGAUCCUAUUGAAGGCUGGAUGUACUGGACCGACUGGGGUACCAACCCAAGAAUUGAACGAGCCGGCAUGGACGGUACCCAUCGGCAGGUGAUUGUAAGCUACGAAGUAAAGUGGCCUAACGGAAUCACGCUAGAUUUGGUGCGAAAGCGUGUGUACUGGGUCGAUGCAAAGCUGAACGUGAUAUCGUCUUGCAACUACGAUGGUUCCAAGCGCUCGGUAAUUCUUUACUCAGCAGACUACUUACGGCAUCCGUUUUCGAUUACCACGUUCGAGGAUUACGUGUACUGGACCGAUUGGGAUAAGGAAGCCGUAUUCAAAGCAAACAAAUUCACCGGCAAAGACAUCGAACCGGUGACAGCGAUGCACAUGCUGCAACACCCGAUGACGAUUCACGUGUACCAUCCAUACCGUCAACCGGACGGUGUAAACCACUGUCAAGCGGUGAACGGCCACUGUUCGCAUCUGUGCCUACCGGCUCCCCAAAUCAACUCCAACAGCCCAAAGAUAUCCUGUGCGUGCCCAACCGGACUAAAGCUGAUGAGCGACAGCCUAAUGUGUGUGGAAGACGAAAAAAGUUCAAUUGAUACGGCGAGCACGGGCGAAGAUAAUAAGGGCAGCGGCAGUACUGGUACCAUCAGUAGGAACAAUGGUAUGAAUAGUAGUAGCUCCAACAAACACAUCGAGCACCACUCGAGUAACAUUUACGAUAGCAAUAAGGACAUCAUCGCUUCAUCCGCAAAUGUAUCCUCUUCCUACUCCAAUUCCUCUACAUCAUCAUCAUCAUCUUCUAGUUCUGUACCAUCCUCGACCCAUGGGGCAAAGAAUAACUGGCAAUCGACUAUUGCCCUGCCCGGAUUUAGGCCACCCGGACACAUUCCGAGUUCCUCCAGCAUCGCAAACAGCUUACAUCUUGCCGCCAUCUGUACCAACCUGACGCGCAUGGUGGCAAUUAUGGAAAGUUUGAAAUCGUCCACCGGUACGGUACGGGAUCGAACCGCACUGUACCAUUCGUACAUGAACCGGGUCGUCGCACCGAACCAAACGGAGGUGCGCCCGGUACGGUACUCGUACUGGGAACAGCGUAAGCGAUUCAAUCUGCUUGAAAACCUUUUCCCCCGUAUCCCGGUCGACGCCAUCGAGCGGGCAAACGAGGCGGCCGCGGCCCAACAGCGGACACUCUACGAUAACGAGCUGUCUGCUUCCAUCCAGUAUGUGAGGUGGAUCUGCGAAAAGUAUCGAGCGACGAUGCGAAAUGGUACCGACGGUACGCUCUUCCAUCCGGAUGUGGUCGAGGAUUCCGGCAAGGUCGGUUUAAUCGCCAUCUGCAUCCUCCUAGCGGUGAUCUGCGUCGUAGCAUUGAUUACGUUCUGCUUAUACCGCUACCACAUGCAUGGACGCGCGCAAACCAUGAACUUCGACAAUCCGGUUUACCGAAAAACGACCGAGGACCAGUUCAGCCUGGAGAAGAACAUGCAGAGCCGCAUAUAUCCGAGCACCGUUGGCGAAGAGGCACAGGAACCACUCACCCGACCGGCCACCAACGAUUUUGUGUGAAGCAUAACCAAAAAAUCAAACUUUUUCGGUCGGCAUUCGUUGCGAUACACACAUACACAAAACCCGCCGCCAUUGCGGUGCUUUCAAGAGCUCGAUUUUCAGCCGAAAUGGAUCACAAUCACAAAACGAAUAGUACCGCUUUGCUGCUCAAACAUUACAAUGCUCAAACUAAAACAUCGUUCAUACGCCAUUCAAAAUGGCCCGGUGUGGUGAUUAAUGAAUGGAUCGUUCUUGGGCCCGAUCUUCAUCCCGUGGAGUCCUCAUGGAUCGUCACCGCUGUGCAAAAUAUAUUAUUUAAAACAGUUACUACUCAACGCGUUGCAACAUCUUAAAAUUGUUGGGGCAAAAUUCUUAACGUUUAAAUAGCAUUAAAGCAAAUGUAAAACCGAGACAGAUAAAAACCACAACCAUGCAAACAAACCAAUAGGAUAGAUAGAUCAUGGGAAGAACGCACACAUCCCGCCGGAAAUACUCAUCACGUAGCGAAUAAGCGGAACCGUUCUGUUGACUUUACAAAAAAACCAAAUGUCUCUUCAGAUUCAAAUGACAUUUUUCUAUCAUUUCCUGGUGCAAAUCUACUAGCUUUCGAUUAGCACAUCAUUUAGGUGAGAACAUAAAAAAACGAUCAAAAUGACGUAAAUAAGAGACAACUAGCAACACAGUAACCAAUCAAACCACCUAACCUUUACCAAACCGAUCGUCCUACAUUGUAUUUCUUUCUUUUCUUCUUUUCCCGUAUCCUGGUGUGUGUGUGUGUGUGAGUGUGCGUGGGUUUGUGGGUAUGUGUGCAUGGUAAUUUUCGUUUUGUUUUUGGUUAUAUAUAAUAGCAAACAUCCUAAAACGUAUGUUAAUAGUUUAUUGUUCACGUCAAAUUUAUAUAGAAGUUUGUUUGUGUUUUUUCGUUGUUGCAAUUUAUACGAUUGCAUAAGAUGCCAACCGCAAAAGCAAAAGUUUUGAGUAGAAGCACAUGGCUUUUUUGUCCAAAAUUCGUUUAGCUAUAAGUAGUGGAAACUUUAUAUGGGAUCUUAGCAGUUAAAUUAUAGGCAAAGCAUAGAUAUUCGUAAAAGGUUUUUUUUUUGACUGGAAAGGGUUUAGUUAGGGCAGAGAUUAAAACAAAUGUUUGUGACAAUUAUUUCAUGUUGUUUCGUUGUUCUAUACAUCGCAACCUAAAACAAACCUUCCAAGAACAAGGCGAACAAGUGCAACAUGUGUGUCCAUCAGUUAGAAUAGUUUGGUGCGUGAAUUGCAGGUGAUUUUUGUAAGUGACAGAUCGUACGUGGGCCAGCAGAGCAAACAGAGAGAAUAAUGGAGAGAGACAUAAUUGUAAAUACACACAGUCCUGUUACGUUA